GAUCCAUUCGAUCCAAUUCUUUUCACUCACUCAUUGAACUACACAAACCUCCCCUCUUCUUCUUCUCUCUCCAAAUUUCUUCUCUCUUUUCCUCUCCUCCGAAAGACCCUCAUUCAUAUAUCAAUUAAAGGGAAUCAAAGAGGUCAUUGGAUAAUUGACACCUUGUUAUGUUGAAGCCCGAAGAAAGUUGAAAAAAAACAAGCAAGAAUUUUGGUAGAGAAUUGCUACAUUUGCAGCUUCCUAUGCACAACAAGAUUCAUACUUGAAACUUUCCCUCGACUGUCCAUAGCUGUCUCUUUCUACGAGGAAAAAAAAGAAAGAAACUACUACCAACACAUUCACCUCCCCUCAAUCUUCGUCUCGACAAUCACGAAGAUUAUUCUUUUCUGAAUAGAAUUAAAGGACAUCAUCGUCUAAUCACUCAAUUCAGCAUCGAAAUCAUCCUCCUACUCAACCACCCCCCCUCCCACCACAACUUCACUACAAUCAACUCUCAACUUUAACCUUCUCUCAUCUCGACACUCUUCAGAAACAGAUUCAAUCCCCCCCAACAAUUGUGUUAUUUCUGCCAAAAAGUUUCGAAUUUUUUUCUCAAUCAAACUCUUCAAUAUUCUUCAAUCUCCAAUACCUCGAAUUAUUUUAUUCUUUGUAUUGUUCGGUUGAGGUAAUAAUUUUCAAUAAUCUUCUCAAGUGGCACCUCCUUCCGUUGUCAAUCUCAAUCUCAAUCUCAUCAACUCUUUUAUAAGAAAGGAGUUUAAGAUUUGACUCCACAAUUGAAAGCCAAGAUACUCGACAGUUCAAGGUGAGCAUUGAUCCUGACCCCUCCCCAUCUUUAUGCAAUACCUCCCAAUCUAAAGACUCGUUCAAUUAAACACGCAAAAUUCUUCAUGAAGGGCAUUGACUGACAUAUAACUCUUGGUUCCCCUUACUUAGUUAGCAUUUUACAUGCCAACGGUCGCGCAUCUCACCUUAAACAACAUUCUUCCACAAAAGCUCUUCGUUCCUCCUGUACCAGAUACUCGGCACGCAAUCACACCAGAAGAUCAAGAUAGUCAAAGAUCGGAGACGUUUACUCGUUCAUCCUAUCUUAACUUCUCCGGAGAAUAUCUUAAACAUUUCUACCGCAUUAUCCUCCCAUUGUCUUCCAUCUAAGAGGGAUCUACCUUGGUGAGUCUCGAAUCCUGACUUGCUCCUCAAUUUACGCAUCGAAUCCCCCUCUCCCUCCCACGUUCUUGCAUGACCCAAAAAGCAUUCCCCUUGUCCACCUCUACAUGAUUGCAACAUCUCCCUUUUCUCUUUUCUCCUAUCUACUCCAAUUCCGGCUGAAAACCUCGCUAAUCCCAAAAUUCACCAGAUUUUUCUCCGAUAUCUUAUAAAGUGAUAUUCACCUGCCGCCUCAUCAAUAUCAACUUUGAGAGGUUCAGCUUUUUGCACUUUUUGCCAUCUUUUUUUUUGGCCAUUUACGUUCAUUUUCGAAUUAUAGUUCCACCCCACACUCUCUAAUAAUAAUUUAUCCUAAAGUAUCGUUCUAUCGAACUAUACAGCACAUUCCUUUACAACCAACAAUACAGCAAUCCAGUGCCUAUAUCGAAAGCCACUGUCAGGUCGAAGCUCCAGGAGAACUUGACGUCCAUUCCUUCCCUACAACCAAACACCACAAUAACCACAACUCCAAAUCACCUUCAACAUGUCAUAUAGUCAGCCUUGUGACACGUUCUUCGUGGAGGAUAAUACUUUCCAACAACCAUCACAACAGCAGCAACCUCGACCAAAUACUCAAGAAUAUAUCAAGAUGAUGGGUCGAAGGAGGCAGGAAGCCAUGGCCAACGAAUUAUCUAGACAAGCUUGUGAUGCUUACAUGGAUGAUAUUAUUGAUCACAUGGCAUCGAUGGAGGUCAAUAAUUCUGCGUUGUACUGAUUUCAUGUGACCUUGUGCUAACAUCUCCACAGGAUGCGACUAUGCCAGACGUUGCCUCGAUAGAAAUUCAACAAGAGAUUCAAUGGUUCAUGCGACCUUAUCUCAUCGAUUUCCUUAUUGAAGCUCAUUCUGCCUUUCAACUUCUUCCAGAAACACUUCAUCUCGCCGUUAACCUCCUCGACAGAUACUGCUCGCGUCGUGUUGUCUACAAGAGACAUUAUCAAUUGGUUGGAUGUGCUGCACUUCUCAUUGCCGCCAAAUAUGGAGACAAGAAGGAGCGAGUUCCCAUGAUACGAGAGCUAAAGUCAAUGUGCUGCUCGUUAUACGACGAGGAGAUGUUUACUCAGAUGGAAUGGCACGUAUUGAACACUUUGGAGUGGAUGAUUGGCCACCCUACCGUCGAUAGCUGGCUUCAAUUGGCCUUAUUGGAAGGACCUGAGUACGAAGAUAUGACCGUCGAGCACAUGUCAUGGUACAUCUGUGAAAUGGCUUUAUACCACAAAGAAUUUGUCUCGGUCAAACCUUCAGCAAUGGCCCGUGCGUCUCUGGCACUUUCGAGAGAUAUCCUUGGAUGCCCCGAGAUGGAUACCUAUGGACAAGUCGAUUCGGAUUUGAUGCUAAGUCUUUCUCGACAACUUAAUCAACCAUCCUCGGUCCUCGCAAGGAAAUAUGCUGCUCCACAGUUAUCAAGAGUCUCCGAAGUGCUUCGACGAUUCCUUCUUCAACAAGCAGCUAUGAGCCAAUGCCAUGUCACUCCACCAACUCCCCCCGCUGAACCAACCGCUAUUCAGAAGCCAGUACAACAACACGAUGUGUACAGCACACCGCAGAAGGCAUAUGGACAGCAUGUCGUCAAUGGUUACCUCACACCGCCGAUUACCCCCGAAGGAGAAUAUUUUGGUCAAGGGAAUGGAAAUGAAAAUAAACCUUAUCAGACUUCAGCACCUAGAUGUCCGAUCACACCAACUCCACAAGCUCAGAUGCAAUAUAGUCAACAACAAUACCAGCAACAGUCAUAUCAACAAGACAUCGUCAUGCAGUAACUGAGGACUCCUUGGAGUUGUUUGAAUCAUUCUCAUCCUUGCAUCAUCUAUGCCUUGAUCUCGGAAAUAAUACCACACCAUCCUCACAUGUACCACAAUUUGUAUUGACUGUGCCGAACUCGUCGGUUAUUUCAUAGGCAUUCGAUCAGAAGCCUAAUUCUACGGAAUUCAUCGUUUCUGUGUUCGGCAUCAGCGCAUUUCAUCGACCUAUUUUUCCAUUGAAAAAUAUCUGGCAUUAGCGAAUCGUCGGUUUUUAUUUCUCUUCAAAACAAUCAUCUUGUCGCUCUAGCGUUUUUUUAUUUACAACACACAAUUACAACACACACCGCGCUCUUCAGCAAUCAACUUUUCCUUCUUUCCUUUUGUUUCUUUUGCGGGCGCAAUCUACCUUUUGAUAGUAAUUGAAGAGGAAGAGAAUGUGACUGGAUAAGGAAAAAUUAGGAAGGAAAUGGAGUUGGUUUUCUGGGUGUGGAUAUUUUUCUUUGUUUCUGCAGGAAGUUUUUAGUUCUCUUCAUACCCUUCUUGCACAUUAAAUUCAGAUCAAAUCAGGUCACAAUCAAUCAAAAUUUGGGGCACGAGAGGAUAUUGAAUGCAUUCAUUACUGACAUGCAUCCUUUCUUAUCGGGGGGAUGUUAUGCUUCAGUAAUGGGUGGAUGUGGAUAGAUUGUUGAGGAUCUAUGGUGAUGGAAGGAUGGGAGAUUCUUCCAUGAUUACUUAAUAGAGAUUGAUUGAUGGGGAUUUGGUGGAGGAACUUUAUUUUCGGGGUGGUUUUGUUUGGUAGGAUAGGUGGCAUGGUUGGAUGGAGAUACCCAAGAUCAAAUCAGAAUAAGAAUGGCUUGCGUGCUUUCCGCAAUAGUUGUGGGGAUUAUUACUUGAUAUCCAAGAAGUGGUGGAUGUGGUGAGCCAAGUGAAGGUAGUGGAGUGCAUUGGGGAUCGUUAGCAUGGAUGCAUACGUGGAUGGAUGGAUGGGUAUAAAAUAAAAUGGAUAAUAAGAUACCUACCUGAUCAUCAUAAUAUUGUGCCAUCUAGUAUGAAUGUA